GGGGCCGGGCGGAGCGGCCAUGGAGGGUCAGCGUUGGCUGCCGCUGGAGGCCAAUCCCGAGGUCACCAACCAGUUUCUCAAACAAUUAGGUCUACAUCCUAACUGGCAGUUUGUUGAUGUAUAUGGAAUGGAUCCUGAACUUCUUAGCAUGGUACCAAGACCAGUGUGUGCAGUGUUACUUCUCUUCCCUAUUACAGAAAAGUAUGAAGUAUUCAGAACGGAGGAGGAGGAAAAAAUAAAGUCUCAGGGACAAGAUGGUACGUCAUCAGUAUAUUUCAUGAAGCAAACAAUCAGCAAUGCCUGCGGAACAAUUGGACUCAUCCAUGCUAUUGCCAACAAUAAAGACAAGAUGCACUUUGAAUCUGGAUCAACCUUGAAAAAAUUCCUAGAGGAGUCUGUGUCAAUGAGCCCUGAAGAACGAGCCAGAUACCUAGAGAACUAUGACGCUAUCCGAGUCACUCAUGAGACCAGUGCCCAUGAAGGUCAGACUGAGGCACCAAGUAUAGAUGAAAAAGUAGAUCUUCAUUUUAUUGCAUUAGUUCAUGUAGAUGGGCAUCUCUAUGAAUUAGAUGGACGGAAACCAUUUCCAAUUAACCAUGGGGAAACUAGUGAUGAAACUUUAUUAGAGGAUGCCAUAGAAGUUUGCAAGAAGUUUAUGGAACGUGACCCUGAUGAAUUGAGGUUCAAUGCAAUUGCUCUAUCUGCAGCAUAGCUUGUCAGUAAUGGAAACACCAAAUACUGUAUUAUUUGCAACAAAAAUUAAGUUUCUGCUGCCA